AUGGCUGCAGAAGUUCCGCUUCCGAUCCCCAUCUCCCUCGUGUCAGGCCGCUACCUAAUUUUCUCGGCUGAUGCUGCCACGUAUUUAAGAAAAGAAUAUAAUAUAUGUGGUGUUUUGAUGGGCACAUUACCCCAAGUCCCGCAACAAAAUGUUUUCCUUGGUAUUCCCGUGCAACUCAUGCCCGAGGAAGCAAGACUCUUGGUAGAGAAGAAAGUAGCACGCAUUAUUGAUGGCCGAAGAUAUCACAAUGAUAGUAUGCGAUCACUCGCGGAAGCAGACAAAAUCAAAUAUUUGCAAUCCCUCCAGAAAGAGGGGCGAAAUGUGUCCCAAGCCAAGUCGAAUAGGAAGGAGCAGCAGCGUGAGGAAUCCUUGAGAAAGGCAACGCAGAAGAGGAAAGCCAAACUCGCUGUGUCGGCCGAGAAAGAAGAGACAGAAAAUACCGACAAUGUGCUCUUUGAACCUCCCGCACGUCCGGCUAGUUCCAUGUCGAACGCCAGCUCUACUACUCAGCUAUCGACAAUAAGCAUUACACCGGCAACCACGUACCCUCUUAUCCCCUACCAACCUGCCGAAGAAUACGAGAUGCCUCUGCCGGAAGUACCUGCUUCUUAUCCCGUAUACGCUCAUUUGCAUUCACAUGGGUAUUUCCUCUCUCCGGGGUUGAGGUUCGGAUGUCAAUACAUGGCCUACCCUGGCGACCCACUGCGUUUUCAUUCACACUUUUUAGUGUAUGGAUUUCAUAGAGAUGAGGAACUGAGUCUUAUGGAGAUUGUAUCGGGUGGUCGACUCGGUACUGGAGUCAAGAAAGGCUUUCUUUUGGGCCACGCAGUGGACCCGGAUGAUGCUGCUUCGGAGGUUCGCACGUUUAGCAUUGAAUGGGCUGGGAUGUGA